AUUCGACCAGGUCUUAUAUUUUAGGACCAAUCCUUGCCCAUCCCUAUUGUAUCCAAUCCCACCCCGCACUACGUCCGUCGCCGGACCACCACCGUCUCCUCCUGCUCCCUUCUGUCGCCGUCUCCCGAUCGGUCGACUUCGAUCCUUUCAGCAGAUAGGUGUUUCUUGACUGAUUACGAUGGCCGGUAGAGCUCAGAUUCGAACUAAUAGCUCUGCCCUUAUUGCUAUGAUUGCUGAUGAGGACACUGUAACUGGUUUUUUGCUUGCUGGAGUUGGCAAUGUUGAUUUGAGAAGAAAGACAAACUACCUUAUCGUGGCCUCAAAAACAACUGUGAAAGCAAUCGAGGAUGCUUUUAGAGAAUUCACCACCAAGGAAGACAUUGCCAUAGUGCUGAUCAGCCAAUAUGUAAGCUUUCAUGUUGCAAAUACGAUAAGAUUUCUUGUGGAUAGCUACAACAAGCCUGUUCCUGCAAUUUUAGAGAUCCCUUCCAAAGAUCACCCCUAUGACCCAACACAUGAUUCUGUUCUUUCCCGUGUCCGGUACUUAUUCUCGUCUGAAUCAGCGGCAUCAGGAAGGCGCUGAAAUGUCAAUAUCUAUUUUGCAUGUGUUUGUUUUACAAUUUGCAAUUGGAUAUUUUUUUAUUUAACAAUCUUAAUAAGCCUCUUGUACGAAGAAAUAGCGUUUGUCCCACCAUGGAAAUCUUGUCAUAGAUGCUCAAAAGCAUAUUGGAAUGAGCAGUGCUGAAGGUUUCAUUUUGGUGCUUGA